CAUUUGGAAACUCGGGCACUGCCCGAGGGCCCGGGGUCAGUAGGGGGCCCCAUGAGAUGCCCCUGGUACCUUUUUCAUAGGCUUUUUUGAGUUUGGGCAAGGACACAGGGGCCCCAUGAUCCCCUAUUGCCCGGGGGUCCCAUGAGUUGUCAGUCCGCCCCUGGUCACCAAUGAAUGUGCAACACUUUAGCCAUUGAUUGCUUUGGCAAUGCAUUAUGGGAUGUUCAUCAGAGAAAUUCCCACCAAACGUCCCAAAGGUUCAGGAUUCAGCAAAUGUGCAACCCACAAAUGUUC